GUGUCUGACAGUAUUAAACAACAUUAACAGGGACUCUGGCUGGCCUGAUUACAUGGAGAGUUGUGACUACCAGUCCCACUUACCAUACCCUGGGCCUAGCCCUGGGUCUAUCUCUAUGGGUCGUUGUUGGCAAGGCCAAAGUAGAGUGGAAGUUUCAGCACCCAAAGCUACAGUUAGCGCUGCUUCUGGAAGCUGCAUCGAAGUAGAAUGUGAAACAGCACGGGUUAGGGUUUCCCCUUCAAAAUUAUCUUCUAAACACUACGUAUAUUCGGUAAAGGUAGUGAACCCAGUACGCAAGUCCGAAUACACUGUCAGAAAGCUUAGUACUUAUGAUCGUUUCUCCUCAUUUGAUGAACUAACAGAACAGUUGCAAAAGUGUUUGGACAAAAUAUCACCCAGCCAAAUAGGCUACAUUGAGCCAGGGCAUGGAUUAAAGGGGAAGCAGAGGUGGCUGUAUACAGAUGAAGAUGUAGAUACUAUGUAUGACAUUUACAAGAGAAAGACUGAGAUUCUGCUCUGGUGCUUUUCUGAGAACCCUGAAGGAUCUGAGAUCACUACAUGCAGUAAAUCGAAAAAAGCAGAGACAAGUUCCAAAUCUAAGAAGGAAGCGAUUGCUUCGAAAAUUAACGAAGUUGAGUGCAUCGUGAAAAAACUUCAAGAUAAGCAUGGCAACCAAUAUUCAGUAGAAAAGUGUAAUGCUUGGGCACAUUUGAUUCAUGUGGGAAAACAUGAUUCACACGAUGAUCCUCCAGAUUUACCAUACUUCCGAGGAACAAAGAAACGAAAAUUGCAGACUGCUAGUGAAGGACGCGAGAAUUCUCCACCUUCACCUCAAGCUGCCUCUAAGUCUUCACCAUCAAUUAUUACUUCUCCCAGUAAAAGGGUUGGCCUCCGGAGUCAGUGCAUUGAGCAGUUAGUUAAAUGGCACUCACUGCUUGAGAAAGGUGCCAUUUCUCAACUGCAGUAUGAUGAAAUGCAAAAGGCAAUCAUGGAGGAAAUUAAAUCCAACUAUUGACUGUUUGUAACAUUGCUAAAUUCGAGAAUCAAAGAAUCAGGAAAUUUCUUGCCUUCAAAUCAAGUAUUGUGUAUGAAUGACAAUGUGUAACUAUAUUAUAUGAAUGGAAUGCACAAAUUAUUUUGAGUAACCGCUGUG